AGUUAGAGGUUGACUCGACCCCAAGUGUGGGAUGUGUGCGUAAGAGCCUGCGUCCGUGCGACAUUUGCUGUUACAUUUUGAAAAUAGAACUCCAUGAAACGCAUCAAGGCAUAUUCACGCGAAAUUGAAUAGGUACGCGCGCAACAUAGUGAGUGUUCAAUUUCGGAAUUUGUUUUCGAGUGUAUUUUUUGUGUUUUCCUGGCCAAUGGGGAACAGGAUUAGAUUUAAGCCGGUAUCGUGAGUUCGAGGUUCAUGGUGGCUACAGGUUGAAACUGAAUCAGGUAGAUGCGUUUAUGUCUGAUCCUAACAUUCAUUUCAUGGUUGACUUUCAUCGGAGAAACCGGUUGUGUUUACUACGUUGAAAUUCGCGCAGGGGCUAAACUUGACCGGGACAACGACGAUCGAUCGCAUCAACCAUACGUGCCCCAGUUGAAAGCCGGAUUGUACAUCUGCAGAAAUGUGGAACUCGACAUGGGCUGGAAAGGUAUCUGGUGCGAAUCGGUAAAUGCGGCUCAACGGCAGUUGAUCUACGAGCAGGCAACGUUCUUCACGGCCUACCGUCCCGAGUUCGACAUCGGGCAGACCAUCUUCCUCGACAAGCGGGACAUGAUCGAGCCCCCCACAGUCAUGUCCGUCGGGUUCCACCCCGACUCCCCGGACUCGCCAGGCAUUGACGCCUUCGCCCAUGCCACCGACAAGAUCGUCGAGCAAGUAGAGUUUCUCAGGAGAGCCUCCUGCUUGCCGUUGGAUUGGGACGAAGACGUUUUCAGGAAUUUCCUGGACUACGUGAUGUGCAACGACGUCAUGAAAUGCCUCUUCAAUCAGCCCGACGUCGUGAUAGGAGACAUGCUCCCAGCGGUGGCGGAUGCUGUGAGGAGGAUCAACUGGAUUCACGGAAAGCACUUGAAACUAAAGAACCGGGUGAAGAAGGUACGCAGGCCAUUAACCUACUGAGAAGCAUGACGCGCUCAGGCUCCGACAGCGACGAAGACCUGCCGAUCCCCUCCAUGGCGCAGUUGCGGGAAUUCAUCAAACUCAUGGUCAACAAACUCCUCGAUCCGUGCGCCUUCUUGAAGUUCACCGAGAGACGCGCCGACCGAC